AUUAAUCAGUAUAUGAUCCAACCUCCAUACUUUAAGGACCAUUUUAAUCAUAAAAUUUCAAAAGUUCAAGUUCAAAAUCCUUCGGAUGUUGUAUUUUUUUAGAAAGGCCUUGUAGUAGCGUAUUAGUUUUGUUAUGAACUAUGACUUGCUCAUUUGGUAAGAUUGUAUAAGAAUUCGAAAUGUUUUGAUAGUUUUCACAACUUGUAAGAUUUUUAUGUCUAUAAGAGAAAAAAAUAACUUAAAAUAUCCAAACUACCUGUCAAAAAAACCAUGAGCUCUUACAUAUCAAGUUUAUAAAUUCUUACCCACUAUCCCCUUCUUUCUCAAUCUGCCUCACAACUCAAAAAAAAAAAAAAAAAAAAAAAUCCAAUCCCCUUCCCCAUUUUUGUCCUAAACCAAUGUUCCAAACACUAUUUUUAAACUAAAUUUCUGUUCUUAAUAAGUACUUAUUUUUCCUUCUCUUGAUCAAUGAUGGAGCAUCCUCAGUACUAUGCACCACACCGUACUGGGGACUCAUCAUCUCGACCAUCUCUAGGAUUUCCUCUUGGAACUGCAUUUCUGUUGCUUGUCAUAUUCAGCUUGAGUGGUCUCUUUUCUUGCUGCUAUCACUGUAACAAAAUCCGGUCACUUCGUAGAGCUUUCACCAAUGGUAUAGACCUCGAAGCCGGCGAUGAUCCUGCCUCCUUCAAAUCUAAACUCACUUACAUGAAUGAGAAGCAGAACCAAAGCCACAGCAUGCCGGCAGUGUUGAUGCCAGGUGAUCAAGUUCCUAAAUUCAUAGCAUUGCCAUGUUCAUGUCAACCUCCCCGACCGGAAAAUGUGGUUGUAGAGGUGCCGAAACUGCCUUCGCCUUCGCCUCCUAAGCCGUUUCGUAUGGUGGUGGGAUUACCUUUGUAGUACUAGUAAAAGGGAAUACCAUUAAUUUUAGAAGUGGCCUAGCUCAUUGGUGUAUAUAUAUUGAAUUGUGGUUCAACCAUAUUCCCAA